GACUGGAUGCUUUUGCUCGAACGACCCAAUCAGGAGACACUACUGGAGGAAUUUAAAGGUCUGUGCGGCUUUUUCUCAGUAUUACAACUCCUGCUCCUAACCUAAGAAUUACACCACAUUUUCAUUGCUGCUUCACCACUCCGCUUCACGAAAAUGUCCGAGAACGUCGUACGUCUUAACAAAUUUAAGAACAAAGGCAAAGAUGCAAACGAGCUUCGACGCAGGAGGGUGGAGGUGAAUGUCGAGCUCCGAAAAGCCAGAAAAGAUGACCAGAUAUUCAAAAGAAGAAAUGUGGCCACAGAGCCGGAAGAGGCGACUUCUCCUCUCCAAGAAAGAACCCAAAACUCUCAGGUUUUAAGACCAUGGACAGUUGAGGAGAUCGUCACAGGAGUAAACAGUACAAGUUCUGAGUCCCAGCUUCAGGCCACACAGGCUGCACGGAAACUGCUGUCUCGUGACAAACAUCCUCCCAUUGACCAGAUGAUCAGCGCUGGUCUGAUCCCUAAAUUUGUCGCCUUCCUGGGAUCGACAGACUGCCCUCCCAUCCAGUUUGAGGCGUCCUGGGCUCUGACUAACAUCGCCUCUGGGACGUCCAAUCAGACAGCUGCUGUCGUGGAGGGUGGGGCCAUUCCAGCCUUUAUUAGCCUGGUCACCUCCCCCCACCAGCACAUCAGGGAACAAGCAGUCUGGGCUCUUGGAAACAUUGCUGGCGAUGGAUCAGCCCUAAGAGACAGGGUCAUCAAGCAUGGAGCUGUGGCCCCUCUGCUCAGUCUGCUGGCAGGCCCUGAUCUGAAUGUGUUUAGUCCUGGCUAUCUCAGAAAUGUGACAUGGACUCUGUCAAACCUGUGCCGCAACAAGAACCCUUCCCCUCCUCUGGUGGCAAUCCAUCAGAUCUUACCUACACUCAUCCGUCUCCUACACCAUGAUGAUCUGGAGGUGUUGGCUGAUGCAUGCUGGGCCGUUUCAUACCUGACAGACGGUUCCAACGACCGCAUUGAUAUUGUGGUCCAGACUGGUUUGGUUUCCCGUCUUGUCAAGCUGCUUGGCUUUGACCAACUGCCUGUAGUUACUCCAGCGUUGCGUGCCAUCGGCAACAUUGUGACCGGUACAGAUGAGCAGACUCAGGCUGUGCUGGAUGCUGGAGCCCUGUCCAUGUUCCACCGACUACUGCGCCACAAAAAGGCCAACAUUCAGAAGGAGGCAGCCUGGACUCUGUCCAACAUCACAGCAGGGAAAGACACUCAGAUCCAGGAGGUCAUCAACGCAGGCCUCGUCCCGUACAUGGUCGAGAUGCUGGUGAAGGGUGACUACAAAACUCAGAAGGAGGCUGUGUGGGCAGUUACAAACUUUACCAGUGGGGGCACGGUUCAGCAGGUGGUUUACCUCGUACAGGCCAACGUGCUGGAGCCUCUUCUGAAUCUGCUCUCCUCCAAGGACAGCAAAACUGUCCUCGUAAUCCUGGACGCAAUCAGCAACAUCUUCAUGGCUGGGGAUAAAAUCGGGGAGUCGGAUAAGCUGAGUCUAAUGAUCGAAGAAUGUGGAGGUCUAGACAAGAUCGAGUCGCUGCAGACUCACGAGAAUGAGAUGAUCUACAAAGCUGCCCUCAACCUGAUUGAAAAGUAUUUUUCAGAUGAGGAGGAGGUGGUGGAGUGUGUGGCCCCCGAAGCCACCGAUGAUGGUUACGCCUUCCAGAUCAGUGAAAACCAGAGCACUUUCAACUUCUAGACGACUGUCUUGUUCUUCUUUACCUUCAUUGAGUUUGUCCUUUUGUUCGUGUGGUUUUGUAUGUAUUGUACAAACUUUUAACAUUCAAGAAAUGUUUGUAAAUAAAGUUGUUGUAUCAUU